AUGAGUGAAAACAAGCAGCACACAACUAUCCAUUUCUCGGAUAAAAAUCAGCCGCUUCAUGACAGAAACGAAGAUACUUCAAGUAAUCUAAAGCGGAAACAAAUAAAGCGUACUGCCUCCACUAGUAGUCAUGCUAUUAUUGCAUAUAGAACACUAUCUAUCACUGUUUCUGAACGACAAGUUAAAAAGUCUCCUAAAAAAUCUAAAAAGGAUUUAGCUGAUGAUCUCUCUGAUACCAAUUUUCACAAAUUAUCAUUACUUGAAUUAAGUCAACAAUACAGAACAAGUCUUGAGCAAGGUUUGGAUUCUCAACAGGCUUCGAACCGUGUAUCAGAAUAUGGUAAAAAUGUAAUCACACCACCACCAAGUAAUUGGUUUAAAAAAAUAUUCAGCUAUUUCUUUGGUGGUUUCUGUGGUUUACUAUGGAUUGCUAGUAUUAUUUGUUGGGUCUCAUGGAAGCCAUUGGGUAAUCCAGAUCCAUCACCUCUUAGUUUGGCUCUUGCUGUUAUCAUUAUGUUUGUCAUCUUUUUACAAGCUUUCUUUAAUGCUUGGCAAGAUUGGUCUACUAGUCGUGUCAUGAAUUCUAUUAAUAACAUGUUGCCAGCUCAAACUUUAGUUAAGCGGGAUGGAAACGUAAUUCCAAUUGAAGCUUCAAACUUAGUCCCUGGUGAUAUUGUAUAUAUUAAAAUGGGUAACAAAAUUCCUGCUGAUUUACGUCUUAUUGAGGCCUCUGAUGAUUUGAAAUUUGAUCGUUCGGUUUUAACUGGUGAAUCUGAGCCCAUUCCAGGCACUGUAGAUGCAACCGAUGAUAACGUAUUGGAAACUCAUAAUGUGGCUAUGAUGGGUACUCAUUGUUUAAAUGGUUCUGCUGUUGGUGUUGUUGUAUCUAUUGGUGAUAAUACGCUUAUGGGUAGAAUUGCUCGUUUAUCAUUAGCUGAUCCUAAUACUCGUACUACACUUCAAGUUGAAAUUUUAAGAUUCGUUAUUAUUAUUGCUACAUUAUCUAUUACUGUUGGUUCCAUUUGUUUGAUUACUUGGGCAGCUUGGUUAAGAAGAGAUUAUCCAAACUUUUUAACUGUUUCAAAUGCUUUGAUUGCAAUUAUUAGUGUCAUUGUUGCAUUUGUUCCUGAAGGUAUGCCUGUGGCAGUUACUUUAUGUCUAACCUUGAUUGCUCAUCGUAUGCAAAAAAGCAAUGUGGUUUGUAAAGUGCUUACAACAGUAGAGACAUUGGGUAGCGUAAACGUUUUAUGCUCGGACAAAACUGGAACUUUAACAGAAAACAAAAUGUUCGUCUCAGAUAUCAGUAUGGGGACUGAAGAGAUGAGUUCAGCUACUGCUAAUCAAAUUUAUUCCUCACAUGUAAACGGCCAGGCAAAUACAAAUCCUAUUGUAUUUUCUCAAAUAGAACAACUUCAAUUAGAAGCUGCUCUUUGUAAUGGUUCUAGUUAUGACUCUGCUACGUCUGAUUUAGAGGUUUCUAAGCGUACGGUUUUUGGCGAUGCUACUGACUGUGCUAUUUUAAAUUUUGCUGAGAAUUUGAGUUUUAAUGCCUCUCAUGCUAUCAGAACCGUUGACAGACUUCGCAAUGAUACAGAAAAAAUCUUUGAAAUCCCGUUCAAUUCUAAAAAUAAAUGGAUGUUAACCAUUUGUCGCCCUAAUGUGGAAUCUAUAGCUAACAGUCUUUCAACUUCCGACAUAAGCGUUGAUAUCAAUGAUUGGGUCUUAUUCUGUAAAGGCGCUCCUGAUGUCAUCUUGAGUAAAUGUUCAAAAAUCCUCGUUUCUGAUGAUGAUAGUACUAUUAAGGAAAAGGAAUUGACUAAUAAACAAACUGAACUUUUAUUAAGACUACAAUCAAAAUGGGCAAAUAAAGGCAAACGUGUUUUACUCUUGGCUCGUCGUAUUAUCAAACCAGAGGAGAAUCCAGAUAAUCUUGUAUCGGGUACAUCUAGUUUUACUACUUGGGUAACUCAAAUGAAUUCAGAACUUACUGUGGUCGGUAUGGUUGCUAUCGUUGAUCCCCCUCGUCCUGAAAGCGCUGAAACUGUGAGAAUCUGUAGAAAUGCUGGCAUUCGUUUUUUCAUGGUAACAGGUGAUUUCCCUAUGACGGCUGCUGCUAUCGCUAGAGAUAUCGGUAUCUUUACUACACAACAUCCUCACACUAUUAAAGAUCUAGACCCUACAAAGAAUAUAGAUGAUGUUAUUAAAUAUAAUGAUCUGAAGAAGGAAGAUACGGCUAGAAACAAUACCUCCGUCGUCACUAAUGAUAUUGAAAAGAAUGUGAAUGAAAAUAUUACCAUAAACAAUACCCAAGCUAAAGAAACCUCCAUUUAUCAAUGCAACAAAUCUCUUUUACUAUCUGGUAGUGAUAUGAUGACUCUCAACGACGCCCAAUGGGAACAAUUAUGUCAAUAUGAAGAAAUUGUUUUCGCUCGUACUUCUCCUGAUCAAAAGCUUCAAAUUAUUAAGGAAUUUCAAAAACGUGAAAAUAUAGUUGCCAUGACAGGUGAUGGUGUCAAUGAUGCACCUUCUUUGAAAGCUGCUAAUGUUGGUGUCGCUAUGGGAAGUGGCUCAGAUGUUGCUAUCGAAGCUGCUGAUAUGAUUUUGCUUGAUAAGUUCUCUAGUAUCGUUGCUGCAGUUGAGAAUGGUCGUCUUGUCUUUGAUAAUUUGAAAAAGGUCAUUGUUUAUCUGCUUCCUGCUGGUUCUUGGUCAGAGUUAUGGCCCGUUAUUGUUAAUAUUUUCUUGGGUGGUCCUCAAACAUUGUCUUCCUUCCAAAUGAUCGUUAUCUGUGUCUUAACUGAUUUGUGUCCCUCUAUGGCCAUGAUGAUGGAAAAACCCGAAACAGGUUUAUUAACUCGUCCACCACGUAGACCAAGUAGCGAUCGUUUAGUGAAUAGUAGACUUUUACUUCAUGCUUAUGGUUUUGUUGGUCUUAUGGAAAUGUUAUCCUCUAUGUUUCUUUUCUUCCUCUAUUUAGGCAUUAACGGAAUUCCUCCUCGGGAUGUUUUCUUUUCAUUCUCUAAUUUAAGAAGUCCUGAUGGUUAUAAAGGUCAUACAGCUGAUGAAAUCACGCAAAUGAUCAACGUUGCUCAAUCUAUUUACUUUGUUAACCUGGUUAUUUGUCAAUGGGGAAAUGUCCUUUCUUCAAGAACAAGAAGACUCUCUAUCACUCAAGCUAAUCCUUUGUGGGGACCUAAUCAGAAUUUAUAUUUGUUCGCAGCUAUGGUCGCAUCACUAGCUAUUGCUAUCAUUAUUCUAUAUGUUCCAGUCUUCAAUGUUUAUUUGGAAACAUCUCCUAUACCUGUCAAAUUCUGGUUUAUUCCAUUUGGCUGGGCCUUCUUCAUUAUGUUUAUGGAUGAAAGUAGAAAACUUUUAGUUAGAAAGUUCCCUAAGAGUAUCAUUAGCAAGUUAGCUUGGUAG